CUUACGAGGAUGACAUGGUUGACGCGUGUAAUAAACGGAACUCUUUGCCAGGACUUGACUCGCAGGAAGUUUCCCUUACUUAUAGCCACACGGAUCAGUGUCUAUCCUGCCCGAGGCCAGAGCCCCAACGACAAUUUGAAAACCGGUUUAACCACACCUUUUUCCCGGCAGAAGAAAUAGCAGCAUCUUGCCGGAACUAACCAUCUGAAAUAACUCGAAAUGUCUGAAUUACCCUUAUCACUUCUCUUCCUCCUCUUCUUCUCCAUACCCUUCAAUGUAAUUUCACAAGACAUAAACACAGAACGAACUGUUCUUCUCAACCUGAAACGACAACUGGGCAAUCCACCGUCCCUCGGACACUGGAACUCCUCAUCCUCACCGUGUGAUUGGCAGGAGAUCGGCUGCACCAACAAUUCAGUGACCGCAGUUAUUCUCCGUAAGAUACCCAUCACGGUAAGAAUUCCCCCAACAAUAUGUGACCUUAAAAACCUCAUUGGCCUUGACCUUUCCUUCAAUAUGAUCCCUGGAGAGUUCCCAACAACACUUUACAAUUGUUCAAAGCUCCAAUACUUAGACAUUUCUCAGAACUUAUUUGUUGGUCCAAUUCCUGACGACAUUGACCGAUUAUCAACUCUCACUUACUUGGAUAUUUGUGCCAAUAAUUUUUCUGGCAAUAUUCCACCAAGUAUUGGGAGAUUACCAGAGUUGCAAACCUUAAACAUCCACCAAAACCAGUUCAAUGGGACGUUUCCCAAGGAAAUUGGUGACUUGUCCAAUCUUGAGGCUUUGCGCACGGCUUAUAAUGAUUUUGUCCCCAUGAAGAUACCUCAAGAGUUUGGUCAGUUAAGGAAGUUGCAGUACUUAUGGAUGAAACGAAACAAUUUGAUCGGUGAAAUCCCGGAAAGUUUCAACAAUCUUUCCAGUCUUGUGCACUUUGACCUGUCUGCAAACAAUUUGGAAGGUCCUAUGCCCAGUAAGUUGCUUUUGUUUAAGAAUCUAACCAAUCUGUAUCUCUUUCACAAUAAGCUAUCGGGUGAGAUACCCAAACCCAUCGAGGCGUUGAAUUUGGUUGAAGUGGAUCUUUCGAUGAAUAAUUUGACUGGCUCCAUUCCAGAAGACUUCGGGAAGUUACAAUCAUUGGUCUUUUUAAACCUAAACACGAAUCAGUUAACCGGAGAGUUGCCAACAAGCAUCGGCCUACUUCCUAACCUGACAGAUUUUCGUGUUUUCAAGAACAAGUUGACCGGAUUCUUGCCACCAGAAUUCGGCCUUCACUCAAAGCUCGAAGGAUUUGAAGUGUCGCAGAAUCAAAUCAGCGGCCCACUGCCUGAAAAUUUAUGUGCUGCAGGUGUUCUACAAGGAGUGGUUGCACAUACAAACAACCUCAGUGGGCAAGUACCAAAGUCGCUUGGAAAUUGCCCUACUUUGCGCACUUUUCAACUUCAGAACAACAAGUUCUCAGGUGAGAUUCCUCGAGGUUUAUGGACAACCUUCAAUUUGUCGAGCUUGAUGUUAAGCAACAAUUCCUUUUCGGGCGAACUACCAAGUGACCUCGCGUGGAAUAUGUCAAGGCUGGAAAUUAGUGACAACAAGUUCUCCGGUGAAAUUCCUACCGCAGUUGCAUCUUGGUCAAAUUUGGUUGUCUUUAAGGCGAGCAACAAUCUAUUUUCAGGCAAAAUUCCAAAGGAGAUAACAAAUCUUUCUCGCCUUAAUACUCUGUCUCUCGACGAUAAUGAUUUUUCUGGUGAGCUACCCUCUGAAAUAAUCUCAUGGAGAUCGUUAGUUACUUUAAAUGUCUCCAACAACAAGCUUUCUGGUAAAAUCCCUGCUGCAAUUGGGUCUUUACCUGACCUGAUUAACUUAGAUUUAUCAGAAAACCAGUUGUCUGGUGAAAUACCUCUUGAAAUUGGCAACCUGAAGCUGACUUUCCUCAACUUGUCAUCCAAUCAACUUACUGGGAAGAUCCCGAAUCAGUUAGAUAACCCUGCAUAUGAAAACAGUUUUCUGGACAAUGCAGAUCUGUGUGCAGAUGUUCCAACUCUAAAGCUUCCAGACUGCUAUACCAAACUCGAUGAGCCCGAAAAAUUGUCCUCUAAAUAUGUUGCCAUGAUUAUAGCACUUGCCAUCCUUGUUUCCCUGGUUAUCCUUCUAAUGACCUUGUUCGUUGUUAGAGAUUGGAGGAGGAAAAAGCGCGGACAUUAUCUAGCAACAUGGAAGCUGACCUCGUUCCAGAGAUUGGAUUUUACAGAGGGAAACAUACUGUCCAAUUUGACAGAUAGUAAUCUAAUCGGAAGUGGUGGCUCGGGUAAGGUCUACAAAAUCGACAUUAACCGUUCAGGUAAAUCUGUUGCCGUGAAGAAAAUUUGGAAUAGUAAGAAACUGGAUCACAAGCUUGAAAAAGAGUUCUUAGCAGAAGUUGAAAUACUGGGCAACAUUCGCCAUUCCAACAUAGUGAAGUUAUUGUGUUGCAUUUCCAGUGAAGAUUCAAAGCUUCUGGUAUACGAGUACAUGGAGAAUCAGAGCCUUGAUAGAUGGCUUCAUGGGAAGAAGAGGAGGUCAGUGUCAGGGACGAAUUUGGUUAACCGUGCUGUCCUGGAUUGGCCAACAAGGUUGCAAAUUGCUGUCGGAGCUGCUCAGGGCCUAUGUUACAUGCACCAUGAUUGCCCUCAACCAAUCAUCCAUCGUGAUGUGAAGUCUAGCAACAUUUUGUUGGACUCGGAGUUCAAGGCAAGAAUUGCAGAUUUCGGACUUGCUAAGAUGCUAAGUAGGCAUGCUACUUCUCAUACAAUGUCCGCAGUUGCAGGGUCUUUUGGUUACAUCGCCCCAGAGUACGCAUAUACAACCAAAGUCAAUGCAAAGGUUGAUGUUUACAGCUUUGGGGUGGUACUCCUGGAAUUGGUGACAGGAAGAGAAGCUAAUAGCGCGGAUGAGAGUACGAGCCUAGUAGAAUGGGCGUGGCAGCGCGACUCAGAGGACAAGCCCAUAGUUGAAAUACUUGAUCCAGAGAUAAAAGAACCAUCCUACUUGGACGAAAUGAUUAUGGUAUACAAGGUAGGAAUCGUCUGUACACGUGCAUCGCCCUCUACCAGGCCUUCCAUGAAGGAAGUCUUGCACGUCCUUAGUAGCUGUGGUACUCCUCAUGAUAAUGGAGCGAAAAAUGUGGCAAGCGACUUUGGCGUAGCUCCACUUAUUGGCAGUGCCACUUAUCUUUCUAGUUACAAGCGCAGUAAGAAGGAAUCAGAGGAAGAUGAUAGAAUAAUUUACAGUGUCUGAUAUACCAUAACCGUGGUCACUUCAUUCAACAGCCCUAUAUGAACGACCACGUCGACAGGAUUCCCGAGAGUGGGAGCAGCUUUGCUCGUGUUAUCCACACUUCGGACGAUUAACAUGGGAUCGUCCGAAGAAUGGGAACCAGCUUUGCAUGUGAUUUACGCACUUUUGACGAUUAACAUGGGAUCACUGUCUGCUGAACGUCGAACUGACAGAAGGCAACUUAGUAGUCUCAGAUUGUACAGACUUAGCACUAUAGAUUCUCUUUUCCAAUCAAUCUGUAAACUUAGACUUUCCAGUAUUCUACUCAAGAUGCAAAUUAAAAUUACCUACAUUAUUACAUUCUAAGGAUUUGACCACCC